AUGGCAAACGAUGAGCAGCGAAAAGCAUUCGCUGCGUACAUGGGCGGCGGCGGCAGCAGCUCGGCAGCGAGUGCUGGACAGCCAAUACCACAGUACCCAGGCUCAGUCGCCGACCCUGCUAACCAGUAUCUUUUCAAUGUAAGCUCUCAAUUCCCUGGACUUGGUGUGCCUCCAGCAGCGCCCACCCCUCCUCCCGCAGCAGCGAGUUCCAUCGUUUCAUAUCAAGGGCUCCAGGGUGGGUUCACGCCGCACGCUGCUUUCGGGCAAGCCAGGUUUCCCCAGCGACCGCUGCCGCUCGGUCAAGGCCAGGCUCCAGGCCAGGGACAUCCAUCUGGCGCUCAGUCAAUGUCCGCAGGCCUUGCGCCAUCCGGCUACACACAACUUGCGCGCAACUAUAGUAGUCCGCCGCCACCUUUGUCAAGCCAUAACGUUGGUUGGCAGUACCCAGAUUCAUACGCACCUCAAUCUGCUCGAGUGGAUCUGGUCGGCUCUGUCUCUGGUGUUAUGGCUCCUGCACAUCGCAAUGUGUCCUUCGUGGCUCCUUCGCACGACAAGAGGGUAGACGAGCAUUUUUCCUACCAUUAUCAGGCAGGCAGCGAAGCGCCACCACAGGUCGAAGAACAAACAGUCCCCGUGCUGCUGUGUCACACUUGUAGCGAGUGUGGACAAAUGCGAUCUGCUGGCUACCAUCGAAACCAUCCUGUCAUACCAGGCAAGCCACUUGUCACUACGCCAUGUCGAAAGUGUAAGAAACGCACCAAGAACACACAUCGCGAGCGAGCGAACAGCUACACCAGAGUUCGUACCUGUACCGCCGAGGACCCUUGCGACUGGCCUAGGGAACCUGUUCACGUCAAGAUUGACCGCAGCGAGCAGAGAGGUCGGCGAAGGAGUCGGGAUGAGAUAUAUGCGUCUUGGAAGACAGAUCACUUUCGCCCCCACAUCAUCAAAGAAGGCACGAGUCGCGCAAACAUCGGGCUGCGCACACUGCAGCGAAGCCCUCCCCGCAGCUACCAAAACACAGCAAGAGUCCGCAUGUCUGCACUGAGUCCUGGACGAUCAAGGUACGAUCGAGUGUGGCCACCGCCAGAUGUUAUUUGCAUGGACGCCACAAGACCCAACGACCCACACCCUGCCUCCAACGAAGUAUGGCCGCCACCUGAUGUUGUUCGUACUCACUCGUAUAGGAAGCAGAGUCCACCUCGUCCGAGUCCACGAAUCGUCGAACUCAGUCCCUCGCCUCCGCCGGCACGUUCAAGGACCUCCAGGGUCAGCUAUCGAGACGUUUCGGAAGAACGGAGGCCAAGGAGCCCAGUGCAGCGCAGUGAGAGUCGUAUCCGUAUACAGUCAGAUCCACACCCCUACAGGACUGUGAUACCUGACCGCCGAGUCUUCUCGACGGCCGAUGAGACCUCUACAAAUGAUGGUGGCUUAGAGACAGCCAGUCCAAGGAUUCUCAAACCUGCGGAUAUGACCUACGAAACCUCGUACAGGCGGAGGACCAGCUUGCGCGAUAGCCAACAAAGCACGAACGUAGAAGUUGGUGGCCCACGUGUUCAAUUCGCUUCAGAAAGGCGAGAAGACCCCCACCCAGACGAAAGAUCUGAUGACAGGAAGUCUGAGACCUAUCACCGUUACGAAGCCCGCAGCUACGUGGACCAGCCUGCGUCACCUCCGAUUGACCGCAUGGAACGUCUCCACAUACGUCGAUCAUCGCCCUCUCCACGACGGCACUAUGAUGAGAUCCGCGUUGAUCGGGCUCGCGGCAUCUCUACCUCUCCCCCCCAACGCUUUGAGAGAGUCCGAGUUCGUCAUUUCAGUGUCAGCCCCCCUCCGCCUCGUGAGCGUGAAGCCCGACCACCGCCAUCGCCUCCAUCAUCCGAACAGCCCAAAUUCUCAGGCUAUCGCCACGUCUCACGCGCUGAGGCUAUGGAGCGUGCUAGCUCCAUCACACCACCGCCUAGUCGAAAGCAGGUCAGUUCUGAGGAUGACGUGACCGAUUCCGAGGACGAUAAUGGCGGUCGACUCAUUGAGGUCAGGAGCUGGAAGGGUAUUGACGAGAACGGGCAGCCAGCUACUUAUCUCGAGGAGAGGCGCAAGAUCAAGAUGAUUGACCAGGGCAGCGUCAAGGGCUCAGAGUUCAGACCAUUGACUGAGAAAUUGGCUGCGAGGAGCUGGCGUGAAGUAUGA